AUGGCAACCAUGCUACACCGCCAAAUCCACAACAACCUGUUGAAAUCAGAAGACUAUCAGUCUGUUGACGACCUCAGUCGAUUCGUUCGUCUCCGAAAUGCGCACGUGGCUCAUCGGAACACCUACGCCGAUUAUCAAGACCGCUCGAGACGCACAAACCUUGCAGAGUUGCUUCACAUUUGCCACAGGCUGUCUCGCCUUUUGUCCAUUGCUAGCUCGUCUUUACCCGAUUCACCUAAAUCACCAGACAAAGACGAACCUCAGGUUAUCCCAUAUCCACAACAUAUCCGCAACUGGGACGAUUUGCCCACACUACAGGAAACAGUGUGGAACUUUCUGGGCGAGAGAAGCACCUUUUCAAACGCCCAUGUUUUCCCUUCGGACUUUCAGUGCAGCUUGGUCGAGCACAGUAUUCACCCUAUUUGCUCUUCCAAGGAUGUUUACAACUUUAGACAUCAGACUGUCCAUCGCUUCCUUCAUCUCAUUUGGAGCCAAUUACUCUGUGAUGAGACGAUAAUUACUUCUUGUCUUCGAGAAGCAUAUGACUGUCUAGCAGAUCCUUGUGGAAUCGCUACUUCAACCCUAGAAUUCGAGCUGCAGGCUGAUUCGGCUGAUUGUUGCGUUUAUCUCCUCGCAGAUCGUCAUGAAUUUCCAAUCUUCUUCGUCCAGUACAUCUCGACACAGGACUUGCCGACCGCACAGAUCAGACAGCAACCUACAAACCUACACUUUGAAAAAGACGUGUUGAAUAGCGGGGGAACACAGACCGCUUUUAUUGCAGCCGUAGCCCGUGCAUAUGCUCAAAUGCUAUCCACAGGGAACCGUUCAUGUUUAUUAGAUAACGGAGAAUCUCUGGUAUUUCUUCAAGCAGAUGAAACACGCCCUGAUACGCUGAAUGUUUUGAAAUACAUACCCGCUGACGAACUUGGAGAGGACGCAGAAGGAGAUUCUGACAAGACUGUUGUUGCACAAUACCUGACAUUCGCUCUUUUAUCGUUACAAGCUACCGCGCCUUCGCAGAAGUGGUAUGAUGCAGCUGCCAAACUUCCAACCUGCCUUCUCGAUUCCAAAGGGGUGAGAAGCCAACCUGAUAGCACUGGUUACCCGCACCGCUCACAGGACCUGGGAAAUAUUUACGCGCCGAUAUUUGUGUCAGCCAAAACCGACCGGCCAUUCUGCACGUCGAAAUGCCUUUUGAGUCUUAGUAGAGAUGAGGAAAUCGACCAGAAAUGUCCGAAUGCCCGAGACCACGGGGACCAAUACCACGAAAUCGAGCCUGCAGUUCUACUCAACAUCCUCUACAAUCAGCUCGCGCGGAGCGAUCAGCCAUAUGCUUUUCGUCCCAUUCAUCUGCAUGGCAAACAUCAUCACUAUCUCAAAGGGACUAUCCCGGGAUACGGUUACACCUUUCUCGUCAAGGCUGUGGAACAGGGUCAUGUGGAGGCGCUUGAAAAUGAGUUUCACUUUUAUGAACGGAUACCAGCUUCCCAGGGAUUCGAAAUUCCCAUUUGCCUAGGCAUGAUUGAUUUAAAGGCGUGUAUCGGUCGAUCACACACUUACUACGGAAAGAAGUGCGAAAAAAUGCUGCUUCUAAGCUGCUCAGGGGUGUCUGCAGCUAUCGUUGUCGACAAGGGUUCCAUUGACCAUCUAACAGAGGACAGAAAGGUUCUUGAGAUGGAGCUAAAAGAAAUACACGAACUGGUAGAGAUGGGAAUGCGAAAUCUGGAUCUAUCGUGGUGUAAUCUAGUGUGGAAUCAGCAGGAGGAGCGUCUGGUGUGGAUCAACUUUUUAUUUUGGCAGGAAUAA